UAGUGUAAGUAGUUUAACAUUUGAGGGUUUAUAGGUUACAUAACACGACAACGUGGUAGAAAGACGUGUAUAAAAUUACAGUUUUACUUGUAUUGUUUAUACGAUUGAAUAGAACACAUGUAUUUUAUAAAAUAAUCUCUAAGUUAUGUUGCGCGGACUCUCCAAAAAUGUUGUCAUAUGUGUGUCCGAUCCUCCCAAAAAUGGAUUACUUUUGGAGAAUCAUACACAUACCUGUUUGGCAAUUUUUGAAGAGUCCGAGCAACAUAGUAUGUAAGAUACUUCAAAUCUAGGAACAUUGUGAAAGUCAAGAAAGACUUUAUAGGCCUAUGGUCCAAUGUUGCAUUGCAGUGUAGUUCAUAACUAUAAAUUUUGUAAAUGGUGUCCAUUUCUAUAUUCAUGUGUGUUAGCGCUGUAAGCUUCUGUGUUUUUAGUUACAGAAUUUUUACUUUGUUCUGUAACAGUUAUAAGUCGGGAUCUGGCAAUUUGUGAAUGAUAAUAAUGGCACCAAGGUGGAAAGGUAAGGGUGCUGAAGCCAAAGCUCUUGCAGAUCCCAUUUCAGAGAUAGUCUCCCAGCUUCGAUCUUCUCUCAUCCAAUCAAAUUCUCGAGGGCUGCUCUCCGGUACAAGCGUGCUUCUUAAAGUAGACGCUCUACAAACUGACCUCCUAAAUCGUACGUGUUUUGGUAGGCCAAAGGUAACAGCAGAAGAGAAUGAACAAUGGUUUCAACUCUCUAUGGAAGAAGCUUUUUACCUAUACCAUUCUCUAAUGUGCAUCAAAAUUGUAGACCACAAUGACUGUGAACAGAACAGCCACGAGUUAUGGAAGUAUAUGACAUCGAAGAAGGAAAAUUUUCCUGUUUUAUUUAAAGCGUUUUCUCACUUGAGAAGUAAAAACUGGGUGGUCAGAUCGGGGUCUCAGUAUGGAGUUGACUUUGUUGCCUAUCGUCAUCAUCCAGCUUUGGUUCAUUCAGAGUAUGCUGUGCUUGUUUUGUCAUCAGCACAAAAGGGUACUUGCAAUGGUCGUUUGAGGGUUUGGUCUGACUUCCAGUGCACUCUUCGACUAUGUGGAAGUGUAGCGAAAACGUUGCUAGUUCUUAAUAUUAUCGAAGACAAUAGUUGUGCAGCUUCUCCAUCUUGCUUAGAAAGUUAUGGUGUUGAAGAGAGAACAAUCACAAGAUGGAGUCCGGAGCAAUGUCGUGAAGGUGCUGCUGAGCAAAAUUCAGGCUUGAAGCGCUCUGCUUUCAAGCCCAUUGCACCUGCUGCGAAAGCCGCGGUUGAUCAAUCAUGUUCCUAAUAGUAAGGCAUUAGCUGAAUAUCAUGCAAAUGUAGUUUUGGAGUGGGCUACAAAUCAACGACACCUAAUGCAAGAUCCUAUAGUUAAAGAACUAGCGAACAAAGGCAUAGAAAGCAUGAAACUUUAUCCGUCCAGAGGCUCAUGGCUGUGAACCUAUCAACCUGUAUAAUACUUCCUCAGUAUGCCUGAAAUAUAGGUAUUUCUAGUGUUCCUUCUUUAAUAAUUUUUCUUCAGUUAUGUUGGGAGUAUACAAGAUUAGCUUCGUUAUACAUUGACUAACAUGUUCAUGUAACCAGCAUUGUCUAUUCGAUAUUCGAGGAAUUAGUUUGGUUAACCCUUGAAUUAGUG